AAUGCCACUAUCAAGAACAGAGGCCAUGACAUUAUGCUAAAAUUUGAAGAUGGAGCUGCAGGAAGUAUUAAGAUUAAUGGAUUUCAAUAUGAACUCCAACAGCUUCACUGGCACUCUCCCUCUGAGCAUACAAUCAAUGGAAGAAGGUUUGCACUUGAGCUGCAUAUGGUCCACGAAGGCAAGAAGGGGAGAAUGGCUGUUGUGACUGUCUUGUACAAAAUCGGAAGAGCUGAUACUUUUAUCAGAUCGUUGGAGAAGGAAUUAGAGGCCAUUACUGAUCUGGAUGACGCAGAGAAACAUGUAAGGAUGAUUGAUCCGAAACAAAUUAAGAUCGGAAGCAGAAAAUAUUACAGAUACAUA